AUGAUCUACCCGUUGAAUGGAGAAGUCCUCGACCGAACCCCAAGGAUGGAGCUGCAACUUUGCAGGCAAAAGGAUGUGUCUCCACUAAGGAAGAAGCCGAAACUUCCUUCUACUACGAUAAAGUCUUCUUUGAAAAAGGUCUCGUAUGCUAAGAAGACUCAAGUAGGAGCUACUCUUUCAUCGUCUGCCAAGGUCAAGCAUCUUGUCGGCUCGAAUAACAAGAAGAUUCGCAGCAUGCGGAAUGAUGAGGAUCGAACUGGGAGGAUUGCUCGUUCACCUAACCAUCACGAUUCAUCUGUUAAGCCACGGGCAUGGAGCCGAUUUGGCGUUGUUGACUCCUUUGAAGCUAGUCCCAAGGUUGACAAGUCCAACUGUACAGAGGAUAUGAUCUGCUCAAGAGGAAAUGUACCAUCUUGUCCCGAAAUUUAA